AUGGCUCAACAAGAUAGCCAAGUUAUGCGCAGGAAACUCGUCAUCAUUGGUGAUGGUGCUUGUGGAAAGACCAGUUUACUCUCCGUCUUCACACUCGGCUAUUUUCCAACGCGAUAUGUCCCAACAGUCUUCGAAAACUACGUCACAGACUGCCGCGUAGAUGGAAAGUCGGUGCAGCUUGCUCUGUGGGAUACUGCCGGACAGGAAGACUAUGAGCGCUUACGUCCACUGGCAUACAGCCAAGCACAUGUAAUCCUCAUUGCCUUUUCAGUUUCCAGUCCUGACUCUCUCCAAAACAUCACCACAAAAUGGCAUCCAGAAGUCCUGGACCGAUGUCCUAAUGUUCCGAUAAUCCUUGUUGGCCUCAAGAAAGAUCUUCGCGACGAUCCUGUAGCACAGGAGGAGAUGCGAAAACGUUCCGAAAAGUUUCUCACAUCCGACGAAGGAGAGGAAGUGCGAAAACGCAUUGGGGCGAAGAAAUACCUCGAAUGUUCGAGUUUGACCGGUGAAGGCGUCGAUGAUGUCUUUGAGGCUGCCACAAGGCAAAGCUUGCUAAGCGGUGGCAAGAGCGAUAGUGGGAGAGGAUGCUGUGUUAUACUAUGA